AUGUUUUCAGCUUUCAAAAGACUAGCUGGAAAAGCAGAAAAUGCUUCGAAUGGCCCCAGUCACCAGGCCAUGCCUGGUACUCUGCAAAAGAAAUUUUCGAAAGGAGUUCAAUAUAACAUGAAAAUCAUAAUCAAGGGAGAUCGCAAUGUUGGUAAAUCAUGUUUAUUAGAACGCUUGCAAGGCAGAGGUUUUAUAGAAGAAUAUGUUCCUACAGAACAAAUUCAAGUUGCUUCUAUUCAAUGGGCCUUCAAAGCUACAGAUGAUAUUGUAAAGGUAGAAGUAUGGGAUGUUGUUGAUAGAGGAAAAUCCAGACCCCAAAAUAGUGGUUUGAAAUUAUCUCUGACGACAAGUCCUAUAGAUGCAUGCCCACCUGCUCUGGACGCAGAAUUUUUAGAUGUUUACAAAGGCACUCAUGGAGUUAUACUGAUGAUGGAUGUUACUAAAUCUUGGACCUUUGACUAUGUCUGCAAGGAGCUGGCUAAAGUUCCUGAUGAUAUUCCAGUUUUAAUAUUAGGCAAUCAUUGUGAUAUGAGUCAUCAUCAAGCAGUGACAAAUGGACAAGUAUCAGGAUUUAUUGAAAAUUUUAUGAGAUCUGGUGAAACCUUGUAUGCAGAAAGUUCCAUGAGAAAUGGAUUUGGCCUACAUUUACUUCAUCGGUUUCUAGGACUUCCAUUUCUGAGACUGCAGAGGUUAAGCCUUGAGCUUUUAUUAGAGAGAAAUAAGAGAGAUACAGAUAUUACAAAAGAAGAGAUUCUAUUGUUUCAGCAAUCUGAUGAAUCAAAUUAUAACAAAUUUCUAGACAACUUAGUUAAAAAGAGACGGCAAAUUGCAGAUCACAAUGCUAAAAUUCCAACAAAUGUUAUACCAACAUCUAAUAAUGCUCAAGAUAGCACAAACGAACGCAAAGACAUUCCGAUACAAAGCCAUAGCACAGUUACAAUUGGUGCAGGUCAUCCGAUAAUAGUUGCAGGUAAACCAGUUGUAGUAAACAGUGAUCCUACAAAAUAGCCAAGUUCCAAAUUUG